GUUUCAAAAGCUGCGAAGGUGAAGAGAGACAAAAAUUAAGGUAAAAUCAUAUCGCAACAAGGAUGUCAGCCUCCGCUCUAUACCGMAUUGCAACUCGCGCCACGGGUACCCUCCUUGCGGGUGGGGUUGGUACCGGARCCUAUCUAUACGAGUUCGACGAGGGGGCGAAGCGAUCGAUCCAGGCCUAUUCUUCCUUUGCUCCGGUAAUUCUKCACUACCGCUGGGUAGAAUUGAAAGACAAAUAUGUAAMWUCUGUGUCCGAAGAGGACUGGGAAGAACUCGAUGAAAAGUACGCUAAGCCAACGGUUGCGAAGCUGGGAGAAUUGCAGGGAAUGUAUUCGAAAUACGGCCAAACAGCAGCCGGACUGACGAACACUCUGGGCGACGCUUGGAUACGUGAGCUGAGGACUCUCGAGAACGAAAUUCCACCACGAUCGGCGGAAACAGUCCGAGAGACAAUCGAGGAAGAAACCAAGAAAAAACUGGAAGAAACCUUCUCGGAAUUCGACCCGAAACCACUGGGGAGCGCCUCGAUAGGCCAGGUUCAUCGAGCCGUCCUKAAAAAGAAUGGACAGGAAGUCGCCGUCAAGGUUCAAUAYCCCGAGGCGCAGGAAUUGUUCACCGAUGACAUCCAUGCGAUCCGAAAACUCUGCGAGUGGUUCGCUCCCGAACAGGUGUGCACCCUCGACGCUCUCGAGAACCAGAACAAAGCGGAACUCGACUACAACAACGAAGCAAACAAUCUAUUGGAAAUUUCUCGCAACAUGACGCUUCACGGAUUUCAGCCGAGGGAUGCCCUGGUCCCCCAACCCAUUGCCGAUCUGACGACGAAGAGAAUGCUGGUCAUGGAGUUGCUACCCGGUCCGAAACUCAUCGACGGCAUGCGAGCGUACUACGCCAAAUGGGCGAAGGAAAACGGGACGACCCUGAAACGAAUGGAAACGCAGGCAAGAAAAAAGAUAGAAGAAGAAGGGAUCCCUGACAAAUACGAUGGGCCAUCUGCUUCCCAGAUUGCAAUGUAYCAAAAGUGGGUACGAGUGAAGACUUCGUGUACCAACGUAUUGMUUGCCUUGUACAAUUGCGUGCCAUCCAUGAAAAAACGUGAUUCCAAGGACGGAAAGCUAUCGUAYAUCCAAUCAUCGAUUCCACCCAAUACUCCCCGCAUCGUCGAUACCCUGAUGCGCAUCCACGGGCACCAGCUUAUGAUCGAUGGAUGCUUUAACGCCGACCCUCAUGGYGGAAAUUUUCUUUUGUUGCCAGAUGGACGCAUCGGCCUCAUUGACUAUGGUGCCACAAAACGAUUGUCAGAGAACGAGCGACUCUGCGUUUGUGUUAUGUACGCAGCAUUGGCCCGGGGAGACARAGAUACCAUUUGGACCAUGGCUAAAACAGGUGGAUACAAAUCGAAGUACAUGAAUCCCGACAUUCAUUACAAACUAGCCCAGUUCGGCUUCGAUUCGUGGGGUAAUGAGGUGACUGGUGGGAAAAACGUCCAGCAGUUCAUGGAUGACUUGAAAGCGCAGGACCCUUGGUAYGAGACACCGUAAGUAGAAAUUGAAUUCUGGUGAGAUAGCGAAUCGACAAUAAUGGUCUGAAAAUGUUCCACUCACGCCCGAUGCCCUCUUUAUUUCUCCUCGACCGGAACCUGUAUCUAAAGGGACAAUUUUGUCUUGGCUAGCUUUAUGUCGGURCGUAUGCGUGCUCUGACGCUUGGAAUGAACCACCCUGUGAAGUGCUCAGAUUGGUGGGGGGAGAUCGCCGAGAAAGAGCUUCAACGAAUGGGUCUUCCUUAUGAAACAUGGGAUGCAGAGCAGUUCGAGAAAUACAAGCCUGAGCUGAACAUUCAAAAGUUCGAAAUGUGAGCGGAGCGCAAUGUUGGCAACCGCAAGACACGAAUUGAAAAAGCAAAAAUAUCUGAAUAUUUUGAAGCCUGGAUGUAAAUUGGAUAUAUAUAUAUGUAUAUAUAUAUAUAUAUAUAUUGGAUGGAUCAUGAUUUGUUUUAGUUUAGAAUGUAUGGCUUUGUAUCAAGAUCUCUUUAAUGGACUCAUCCAAAGGAUAUCUUAGACUGAAGUGACGAGAUUGCUAUGGCAAACGCCUGUACUGCUGUCAAAGGAUAUCGGAAAUCCAUCGUGAAUGCGUGCCGUCCCUCAAUUCUUCCGAAUUGUAGCAUGAUGUGGUCUUGGUCUCGGCGGUCGCAUAGCUGGAAGUUCUUAACUGAUGCCACACUAACUCGUCCUCCAAAAUUCAAGACGAAGGACCCCAGUUCCACGUUCCACCAUGGUGGUCUAUUCUGCAGAGUCAUUAGUCCGAARUCACCCGGUGGGGAAUAUUCUUGUUCACCGGUGGCAAUCACMUCUGGAUCAUCGCUGGCUGGAUUKAUCAAUCUUCCGUGCUCGUCCAUUUGACCAUUUUGCUGCAAUUGUUUCAGAUGAUUUAACAAUCGAUCUUUGGAAGAUCCAUCGUGAUCUUUGCAAUUUUCAAGGUAUCUCUUCCACUCUACUCCUACUCCAUCAUGAUUCACUCUCGGAAUACAGACAUCCAUAAUUCUGGGACGGCUCCCUAGCAAGUUUGCCGUAUACGUAAUAGCUCCGUCUUCCUGUUCGUAAAACAAAGGCUGGGUUUCGGCUAUGUACUGUUUCGACUCAAAAGAUUCAGCGGCACUGACCUUUCUAUUUCUUCCAGGUGUAGCAUCACCAGAACGYGGCCGUAGCAACGCGAGAGGAGAUGAAUGUGGCUGAGGAGGUUCUGAAAAGUCCGUCCAUCUGCCAUCAUUGUUACUUUUUCCUCUUAGCGACAAYCGACCAAAACAGCUUCGUCUCCGCGACGAUUCACCUUGUCGUCCACUAUCAGAAAGUGCUUCGUCAUCAGACAUAGUCGGAGAAUGCAUUGAUUUAGAAAGUAACGAAUCGGGCUUUUUUCUCAUCAUCGACAAAUGGGAUGUAAAAAUUUGAAACUCGGUACCGACAAAGUUGCUCUGUAGACGGCCCAACUGACCGGAAAGGUCCGACGAGCAGGUUCGCAAGCCAGCACCGUUUGGAGAAGGUUUCUUCGUUUCUUCGAGCCUGUUAACACUCCUGUGAUGAAGAUCCAAAUCAUCUUGUAACGGUAGACUCAAGUAGUAGUUGUUUGAUCCCUUCUUCGAUGCCUGCAUUGAACUUUCCGUGUGUUUACGACCCCGAUUUUUCGCCAUCAUCAAAACCGUGUCUCGGCGCUCUAUGCCAUCAAUCAAGCCCUGACUAUCGAAUAAAUCACUCAUUGGAUCAGCAGGACGAUGUCGGAUGAAUAGACGGUACUCGUAGGU